CGGAGCUGCUGGCUCAAUGAUUUCUACAGUACCGACCGCCCGACGGGUCCUAAAACCCUGCCCUGUGGAUGCUCUUGGAUACCGGGAGAAAACCAGCCAUUUGCGCCAAAGGGUGCUCAAUUCAGCUUUUACAGCCUGACUGGAAGGAAUCCUGCCACAACACACCGCUGAGCUCUCCACCUGUGGUUCAGUGGGAUGAAGCCUUAAGAAACAACCGCUCUCUGUCCCCCCUUGGCCUGGCACCACCACCAUCUUGGCUGGGAAACACAUGGUGGUCACUACAGCCUCCACGGAGGUGCACUGACACCCUCACCACUCACCUCUCCUCACCUGUCAAGUCUGCCCGGCAACAACAACCACAGCAAUGAGCUCUCACAGCCGAUCAGGUGGAUGGACCAGCAACGAGCAGCCUGUGGAACUUCUAAAACCAGGAGCACUCAACCAUUUGUGGACGUGAGCUCGGCAUCACUGCCCAUGCAGGUGCCCCCCGGCUCCUCAGCCAUCCUUCCCAUGGAUCUGCGCGUAGUGGACCACCACCCCCACCUCCACCAACACCACCACCACCACCAGCAGCCCUCUUUCGGCCUGGUUCCCCAGCCCCAUCCUACAGCGCCCGUCUCCACAGCGUGUCCCACGUCCUCGGAGCCAGGCCGCGGCCCAGUCAUCAACCACCAGGAGCAGCAGCUGCAGCAGGAGCUGGUGACGCUCAAACACAAGCAGCAGCUCCAGAGACAGAUCCUGAUCGCUGAGUUCCAGAGGCAGCAUGAGCAGCUGUCGCGCCAACAUGAAGUCCAGCUGCAGGAACAUAUCCAGUCUUGUGUCUCUCUCCACCAGCACCAACAGGACCUCCUGGCCCUUAAGCACCAACAGGAGCUGCUGGAGCACCAGAGGAAGAUGGAGCACCAGCGUCACGAGCAGGAGAUAGAGAAGAAGCAGCGGGAACACAAACUCCUGCAGCUGAAAAACAAGGAGAGGGGACAGGAAAGUGCAGUCGCUAGUACUGAGGUGAAGAUGCGACUUCAGGAGUUUGUCCUGAACAAAAAGAAAGCCCUGGCUCAGCGCAGCCUGAACCACUGUAUGCCCGGAGACCCGCGCUUUUGGUAUGGAAAAACCCAGCACAGCUCUUUGGACCAGAGCUCUCCUCCCCAAACUGCAUUGUCAGCGUACUGCCACCCAAUGCUGGGCACAUACGACUCAAAAGACGACUUCCCUCUCCGCAAAACAGCCUCUGAGCCCAACCUCAAGCUUCGUUCCCGGCUAAAGCAGAAAGUGACAGAGCGCCGCAGCAGCCCGUUGCUCCGAAGGAAAGAUGGUCCCAUCACUACUGCCAAGAAGCGUUCCCUAGACGUGGCCGAGUCUGCAUGCAACAGUGCACCCGGCUCAGGUCCCAGCUCCCCCAACAACAGCUCCAGUAACAUCCCCAAUGAGAACGGGGUCACCAUCUCCAGCUGCCCAGGAGAGGUCUCUCUGCUUCAGAGGUUGGCAGCACGGGAUGGUUCAGUUAGCCAUCUCUCGCUCUACACCUCCCCUUCUCUUCCUAACAUCACCUUGGGACUGCCUGCUAGCUCUGUGGUGUCAGGACACCGAGAUGGUGACAGUCGUCUGGCACUGCCUGCGUUACAGCAGAGCAUUGGUCUGACCCCUCCAUUCCUGCCCACUGCCCACCUGCCCUCCUACUUGGCAUCCUCGGCUCUGGACAGGGAGGGGGCCGGAGGGGGCACGGCUGGUCACAACCCCCUCCUCCAACACAUGGUGCUGCUGGAGCAGAGCCACAAUCCAAUGGUGGGUCUUGCUGGCCUCCAGCUAACGUCGCCUUCUGUCUCCAAACUUGCGCGGGGCCACCGCCCCCUCGGGAGGACCCAGUCGGCCCCCCUGCCCCAGCAGCAGUGUGGACAAGCCCAGGCCCUGCAGCAGCUGGUCGUCCAACAGCAACACCAGCAGUUCCUGGAGAAACACAAACAACAGUUCCAACAGCAGCAGCACAUCAUCAACAAGAUCAUGUCUAAGCCCGGGGACCAGGUGUCGGCGGUGGGCUCCAGCGCCUCGGGGCCCGGCCGGCAGCACCAGAGCCACCCGGAGGAGACGGAGGAGGAGCUGAGGGAGCACCAGGGCCUCUCCCUGGCGCCCUCCUCUCCUAUGUCCGCGCAGGAGACGGGGCCCCUUCGAGGGAUGGUCAUCAAGCAGGAGCCGCAGGACCCCCAAGAGCACGAGGAGAGAGAGAAGAGGGAGAGACUAAGAGACCAAGAGCAGGACUUCAUGUUCCGACAGCAACAGGCUCUGCUGUUAGAGCAGCAGCGGAUCCACCAGCUGAGGGACUACCAGGCCUCCAUGGAGAAAGCGGGAUUAUCGGUCAGCUUCGCCGGACACCGCCCGCUCUCCAGGGCGCAGUCGUCCCCCGCCUCCGCCUCCUUCCCCAUGGUGGUGCAGGAGCCCCCCGCCAAGCCUCGGUUCACUACAGGUCUGGUGUACGACUCUUUGAUGCAGAAGCACCAGUGUAUGUGCGGGAACACCACCAGCCACCCAGAGCACGCCGGCCGCAUCCAGAGCAUCUGGUCCCGCCUGCAGGAGACAGGCCUCAGGGCGCACUGCGAGUGUAUCCGCGGCAGGAAGGCCUCACUGGAGGAGUUACAGACGGUCCACUCCGAAGCACACGUCCUGCUGUACGGAACCAACCCACUGCGGCAGAAACUGGACUGUUCAGUGAGCCCCAUGUUUGUGAGGUUACCAUGCGGAGGAGUAGGGGUGGAUAACGACACCAUCUGGAAUGAGGUCCAUUCAUCCAGCGCGGCUCGUCUGGCCGUGGGCUCCGUGGUGGAGCUGGUCUUCAAAGUAGCAUCGGGAGAACUCAAGAAUGGUUUUGCUGUAGUUCGACCACCUGGACACCAUGCUGAGGAGAGCACGCCAAUGGGCUUCUGUUACUUCAACUCAGUCGCCAUAGCAGCCAAACUGCUGCAGCAGAGACUCAACGUCAGUAAAGUCCUCAUCGUGGACUGGGACGUCCACCAUGGUAACGGUACCCAGCAGGCCUUCUACGCAGACCCCAGUGUUCUCUACCUGUCGCUGCAUCGCUUUGAUGAUGGGAACUUCUUCCCUGGCAGUGGAGCACCUGACGAGGUGGGCAGUGAAGCAGGCGUAGGCUUCAACGUGAACAUGGCCUUUACAGGAGGACUUGAACCUCCCAUGGGUGACGUGGAGUACCUGGCUGCUUUUAGGACGGUGGUUAUGCCGAUUGCCAACGAGUUUGCCCCAGACGUGGUUCUGGUAUCUUCAGGCUUUGAUGCGGUCGACGGACACGCUCCACCCCUGGGAGGAUACAAACUCACAGCCAAAUGCUUCGGCUACCUGACCAGGCAGCUGAUGGCUCUGGCAGGCGGUCGCUUGGUGCUUGCCCUGGAGGGGGGUCACGACCUCACAGCCAUAUGUGAUGCCUCCGAAGCCUGCGUCUCUGCCCUGCUUGGCAAUGAGUUGGACCCCAUUCCUGACGAGUUACUUCAACAGAGACCGAAUGCUAAUGCUGUCCACUCUAUGGAGAAAGUUCUUGAAAUACAAAGUAAAUACUGGCGCUCACUGCUGCGCUCCGCCUCGACACUCGGUUGCUCUCUGAGCGAAGCCCUUCGGUGUGAUGCAGACGAAGCAGAGACCGUCUCAGCUAUGGCCUCACUGUCUGUCGCCAACAAACACAUCGGAAAGAGGGCUGAAGAGGAACCAAUGGAAGAGGACGCUGUAAUGUAAAGAAAGAUCCCUAGCCUUUGACCACUCACACCAGUCUUUAUCUUUGACAGUGUCGUCAUCCUGUCAAUUGAAAUGCCACUCCUAUGUCUCCCCCCUGCCACACCAAGAUGGCAUCCUUUUAUGGGAGAGAACUAGCAGAGCUGACAAAAGUGGCACUGAAUGGAAACGGAACACUGAAGAUGAGCGAUGCAUUCGCUGAUCAGCAGUGCACAGACUGAUCAGCAUAAAUGCGUUGUCUUUGGAUUUAAGAGGAUUGACUCAGCCAUCCCGCAAUGACAACCUCGAGUGCCAGUGCUUUUAAAACACUACACAAGAUGUACUUUUUGAAUGCCAGUUGGACCCAUACACGUCGUUGUCUACUUUUCCUAUUGUUCAGUUUUUUCUGUGCUUUAUCGUCACACUUUCAUUGAAAAACCACCAGAGCUAAUGUGAUUGUGACUCUGCUCUACGGAUGGAUCAUUCCUGCUCUUUUAACAUAUCCGGAUAAUUGGGACAAAGUGUUCACAUUUGUUGCCGUUUUCCCUGAGGGGUUGAAGAUAACAUAUGGAAAAUGUCGGCGAUUCAAAUGACUGACAGUGAAAGACGUGUGCCUUUUUUUUCAAACCUGGUGGAUUUUUUCUUGAAAGAACUUUGCCUUAAAUAACAGGUUUGGGAAAAAGACCUCUCUUCUCCUCAACUCCUUAAACUUUUCUAUCUUGGCAAGACAUCCGAUGCCUGCAUGUUGUUGGCACAUAGACCUUGGCAUGUUUACCUAUAUUUCCCUGCAGCCUACUGUCUCUCCCUUUGCAUUCAUCCUUCCUUUAUUGCCUUCAUUUGAAUGAUGGCAUUGUAGAAGGGAGUUCUCCGCCACAAGUUGGAGGUGGUUCACUUAGAGGAAGUUAGUAGGACUAUGUAUCAGAAACCUGAGUAAACAGCUUGAAGGGCUUCCUCAGACAAUCUUGUGUCGUUCAAGCUUAGGUUCCAAUCAAGCUAAACUUCUACUCGGUUAAAUUUAGGUAACACAACUGUUAUGUUGGGUAAAAAAAAUCUUGGUUUGGCUUUGAAAAAGUAAGUUAGUUGGAUAACUAAGUGAAGGACGUUAGUAACAAAAAAAGUCCACUUUGACUCUGGUUUCACAGAGGACCCGAACUCUGGGCCUCUUGGAUCAACGUUCUGUGUUUGUUUGACACAUCUAUCCAUUAAUACUUCCUCCAAAGGCAGACUUCUGCUGACUUUCUUAAGAAACAUAUUUGUAACACGUUAAAAAAAACCUGGGGAAAAUAAGUGUCACUUAAAACGUAUUAGACAAUGCAGUUUUGUUGUAGGGGAAUGUCAUGUUUAGGGAACCACGCUGUCUGUGGAUCAGCAUACAUGUUGCAUCAAUCAACUGUUUCACCUUUCCUACAUCGCAGCUGAUUCAGUCUAAUGUCGGGAGGUGUAGGGAUGCAAAUGUGGACCCAAGUGACGCGCCAUGAGCUGCAUUAGAGUCUCCUGCCAAUGGCCAGAAAGGAUAGGUACAUCUUAAUCACAAUGUGCUGCACUAAAGCAACAGGACUUUAAGUCUAUUUAUACUGUAUGUAGUAGAUACACAACAGUAAACCUAAUAGACUUUCUCUGUUGAGUCAAACCACUUUUUUUACAUAAUAACCAGUUUCUCGUUUCUGAGAUGAAUGAGGGAAAUUGAGGACUUAUUCUCAUAUGGGCCAAUUUGUUGAACCAUCCCUCUCUUUAAGACAACGGUGUCUCCGUGGUAACAAUGACCAAACCACCUGGGAUUUUCCAGGGGGGGUGUUCCAGCCCUGCAUGGGCUCCCACAGCUGGUUUAACAUCUGCAGUCCCUUGUUAAGCAACAUCUGCUGCCCACAUGUCAGGUACUCUGAGGCAGGUGUGUACAUAUGUUCAUACACAGUGAAGCACAAGCUGCUUUUUUAAAUAUUCGAGUGGAUACACAUGUUUUUUUUUUAUUUUUUUUAUUUAUCGUCCUUUUCUCUUGACCAAUGACCCGGCUGGUGGGAUAAACCCAUGCAUAAUGGGUUUCCAACAACUUUGCUGAAUCUUCCUCCUCCUGCAUCUGAACGCUUAAUCACAUCUGCAUCACAAAUCCGUUACAAACACCUUAGUACUUAAGAAAAUAAAUAAAAUAUUGGCUAGUUUCCUUAUACUUAAAGCUUAAUAAUAUUGGGUUCUAUACCGACUAUCACUGCUGCUGGAUAGCUGCAUUUGGUUUUCCGUUUUUGCCCAAAUUACACUGUAACCUAAUCCCAGUGUGCAGAAGUGGACUUCCUGUCUGUAGCCAUUCCUCCAACUUGUGUUUAUCCCCUGGGAUACUGCCGUCUCCCUCCUGUAUCCAUCUACAAACUAAUCAUUUUUCAUGUGUUUUUUCAGUGAACAGACACAGUGCUGUUGUGUUUACUGUUGUUUACUGUACAUAGGACAUCUAUCUGAGUAUUCCUGCCACACACAUUUAUCAAUGACUACUUUGGUUGAUUCUCUUUCCUCUCACUUUUGUUGCCCUUUCAUUGGACUCCUUUUAUACUUUUUUAAAUGUUUUAUUUCCUUCCCUCUCUCUGUCUCUGUUGCAUUGUAAAGCUGACAUACUUCACGCAUGUGAAGAUCCAGACUCUGUUUUUAGCGGACAUCACAUGACUGUGUUUUCUGGGUUUUUGCGGGAGGGUUGGGAUGCAAAUGUUUCUACUUUGUAUAAUGAUCGACAAUUGUGUAUUUACUGUCUGUUCAUAGUAGAUUUAUAUAUAAAAGAAAUGAGUAUAUUAUAUAUUAUAUCUAUACAUACUGAAAUACUAUGAUCUUGUUUUUGAAGUUGGUAUUGAAAAACAAUACUUACGGUCCUUUUGUAGGGUGUACCUGAAGGCACCGCUGACUGUCCUUGGUUACGUGUUGAUAAGCAUUUUACUGGUUGUCUUUUUGUCUUGUCACACUGAUGACUAGUAUUUGGCUUUAUCCAUCCCAUCGGUACCAGAGAGCUGUUACAGUAGGGUGCCAUUGCCCUCCGCUCAGCCUCACAUCCAGGCACAUGUUCCUGCUUUUCCAGCUUUUGAUGUGUCUAGAUACCAUUGUAGAGCUACCUUUGAAAGUUUCUGUAACUUUAAGAAAUGUGAGACAAAAUUCUCAAUCUGGAUUCCACAUCUCUCAAAAAAGUAGUUUCUCCUUCUUUGCAAAUCCAUCCACUAACGAGAACAAAAAAAACAAGACAAAUUAUAUGGGUGGAUAAAUUGGAACACCGCUAUGAACCCUAAAUUAAAUCCUACAUUUUUAACAAUGUCUUUGUCAAACAGGAACAUAUGAAACGUGUGUAUGUGUACAUACAUAUAUAUAUAUAUAUAUAUAUAUAUAUAUAUAUAUAUAUUUACAUUGUCAUAAGCUGAUUUACAUCUUCUAAAACCGCAAUCAGACUUCCAAAUAGUUUGUUCAUCAUUCAUUUACUGAUUGAAUAUGACCUCUAUUGGCAGAGUAAUGCUCUUAAAUCACAUCAACUCCAUUAGUUUCCAUGACUUCUGCAGAUGGCCAGGCCAAAGUGCAGACGGUUGUAUUCCUGCUUGUAUGAUCCACUACUUUGCAAAUGUACCAGGAAACAAUGGAAAUGGACAAAAAGUAGGAUUAACACUAAGUACAGCAAGGAUGCAAGCAGUUUAUGAUUAUUUAGUAUGGUUUUAACUCCUUUCCAUGGAUGUGAUUUUUCUGUCUGAUCCCUUUGAAUCAGUCAGCUCCCCAAAAACUUCUUUUUGAAAGAUGUGUUUCUAUGACUUUUCUCAUGUUAAUGUCAAACAUCUUUGCCGAUAGACAUAUUUGUGGUUGGAUUAUGACAAUGCGCAAGUCAUGCUUUCCAGAAUCUCACCUGCAUUAGACACGCUGACAUCUCAGCUCCUGUAAACAGUUUUUUUUCGGUAACCCAGCCCAGAACAUUCCCAGAAGCGUUGCUCAGCAGUGCCCGUCACAGAGUUUCUGCUUUGGUUUCUCAAAAGACGCCAAAGCUAGCACCGUCUGUCCUCACUGCUCGUCUUAACACAAUGUCCAGUAACAAAGAGAAAACAUUCCAUUAUGCUAUCAUUUCCAUUUAUUAGGAGGGGUCAUGUCUUUCUGUUUGAACCCUCAGAGUUCUGACUUCAUUCCUCCUUUCUCUCUGCAUGAUCCUAAUGUCCGCAUGCGCCCCCCCCCCCACCUGUCUUUCUGUCUGUCCCAUUCCGCAUAUCAGCACAAGAGAUCGAGCACUGAAGGACAUUAGUACUUUCACUGUAUCCAAACCGCCUCUUUUACUGCUUUCUUCUUUACGCCGGGGAAGAGUUUGGGUGCUUUCCAUGUUGUGCUUUUACCCGUAGGAUAUGGAAACAUGAAAGACUUCUGUUUAACAUUUUACAAAAGAAAAAAAAAAGUAUCUAGCACUUGUAACACAGACGAUAGAUUUUAUUGUAUUUAUGUAGAAAAACAAAUUGUUUUGGGGGGAUGCUUUGUAAACCACGACGAUAGAAUGGACACUUUUUUUUAUUAUAAACCAGGCCGGAUGUGACUUUGGUGGACUCUUGGGAAGACAUGUUUUGUUCUUUGUCACAUCUGGACUUUUAUCAAAGGGCUCCAUCCAGGUGCCUGGUCAUUGUUACGGUUGUCCAUUCCACUAAAUAAUACGCCAGUUAUUGCUAUGACCACUGUGGUUAAAACAAACAGUUCUAGGUUUACAUAUGUAUAAAAUGCAUAUUCUUUUCUUUUUUUUUAUCAGAUAUGUUUUUGACUUGUUCCACCAUUGUUACAGAAAUAGUACAUUUUUCUCGGGAACCUAUGCUCUAACAUGUUGUCUUUGACAUCUACGAUAUAAAGUAUUGUUUUGGAAAACU